ACGAACAUGCGAAUUGUUAACAGAGAGAAGAACUAAAUUUUCAGGUAUUUGAAUCCAAUACCAUUUUCUUUUCUAAUUGAUUACUUGUGCGUAUGUUUUUGGUAAUCUUGUUACCAAAAGCAUAAGCCUUUUUGCUUGCUCCUCAAUCAAAUCUUUCUCUGGACAAAGCCUGGUCAGUAGUACUUUUGUUCUAAUUUCUAUAUCUUUUUGAAAUUUGUGUUUUUUUGUUGCCUUCAGAUUUGGUUGAUCGUUUUCUCCAAAUUCCUUGAUUUCCCAGAUCCAAUUCCGUUAAACGAACUUGAGUUUCAGUUUUGAUGCUUUAAUUAACAUUUAAUUCGAUUCUUUUUGUAGUUUAGGUUUUGAGGCAAAAUUGAAAAUACUUCAAAAAUUGGAUUUUUUUUCUUGUUUAGAUUUUAGAAAUUGGUUGUGGUAAUUUGGUUGGUGGCAUAUUCGUAUUUUUUGGUGAUCUGGGUAUUGGAGAUUUUAGUGGAAUUCUGGUUCUCCUAUAUUUUUUAUGGCAUUCUCGGAAAUGUUGAUCUCGGUAUUCAAGAUUUAAGUUGAAUUUAGGCCUGAAGAAUUGGGCUGUGGCUGUUUUUUGGUUUUGGUUGAUCUGGUAUUUUUUAUAGUAGUGGUAGAAGAAAUGUUCUAUGGUGCAGUUGUAUGGGACCCUUGGCUAAUUGUUGCCCAAAUUAUUUGUCUUCAAUGCCUAUACUAUAUCAGUCUUGGUGUAUUUUUAUCCAUUUUUGUUGGCACUCAUGUAUCACGGAUGAGUCUUGUGUAUUUCUUUGACUAUGCUACCAUCACUGCCUCUACGGUCACCGGUUGGUGUGUUAUUGCUUCGGUUCUACUGAGCUCGGUUUCUGGGGCUGGAUUUAUGUUUUAUAUAGUUGAGAGGGCAAAGAAGUGCUUAGAUUUUUCAGCAACUCUGUACAUCAUCCAUCUUUUUAUAUGCAUUGUUUAUGGGGGUUGGCCCUCCUCAAUAACUUGGUGGGUUGUUAAUGGCACUGGACUUGCAGUGAUGGCUUUGCUAGGUGAAUAUCUGUGCUUUAGACGUGAAUGGCAAGAGAUUCAAAUAACACGGUAUAGAGCAAUUAGUGUCUCUCUCAAAAGCUCACGUGCACUUGCUGGUCAAGUAUCUAAAGACCUGGGGCGGUGUCAGGAAAAUCGCACCCCUACUUGUGCCAAGGAGUUUUAACAGUCUUUCACACACUGAAUGCAGGACGGAGUGGGUUGGUCAGCAAAAUGGAGUGAGACACAGUGCCCCAUCUUUUUAACUUGACGAAGCCAUGUUUAUCUCUUUUAAACGAAUCACACCCAUAUGGCAUGGAGCUUAGAUUCCAAGGAAUCAUACUUUGUUAGAGGCAAGGAGAACAGGAUGAAUUUUGGAUUUGAAAGGGCUUUAAUUUAGUGAUCUUUGGUUCUCGCUUUUCUUCAUUUUGGGCCUUUUUCUGGCUCCUGUUUUUUCACAGUUCUAUUGCUAAUUACAUUUUAAAGGUAAAUAAUAAUGUGUCAUUACGUGAUUGAAUAUUA